UUUGGCUCAGGCAGUUCGCCCCCCGCGGGCCUCGCGGAGACCUGACCUUACCCUGGCUGCGGGAUCUUCGUACUUCCUUUCCAUGGGGGCCAGCAUCGGCCUGCACGACGGCUGCGGGUGCCUGGACCGCAAGCGGGCGGCCGAGAGCGCGCUCACGGGCCUCGUGCUCACCGAAGCGGACCGCGACAAGAUCUCGAAGAUCUCGCAGGAGAUCGGCAGGGCCGUGGAGGAGAAGAGGGCCGCGCUCGCGAGGUGCGACAGGCUGGACAAGGAAAACCUCGCCCUGAGAGAGGCCAACGCCCGGCUGGAGGAGGCGCUGGCCGCGGCGUCGGGGACUCCUCGCGGGUGUCAGGGCGGCACCUCCAGCCCGAGGUGCCCCGACGGCCACCGCCAGCCCGAGCUCGUGCCGGAGCGGUGACUGCCCGGUGCCCUCGGGGCUCACGCAGCGGGGGUCGGCGCCUGAUGGGGGUCACUGCGGGUGGGGUGUGGGUGCUCUAUAGCAGGUAUAGUCCACGCCGACAUUCUGCCGCCCGUGCUGGAAGAAGGCGUGGCAGGUACGGGGCGGGGCUCGCCCCUCCCGCGCAGAAGGGCGGCCGGGGUGUCGCCCCUGCCUCGGCGCCGCGCCCCCUCCUCUGCAAGAUAAGUUGAGCUCCCGCUCCGGGGGCGCGGCGCGCCCUCGCCGCGCACGCGCGCUUGUCGACGCGCGGGCGGGCGGAGCCGUCGCAGGCGCCCUGGCCCCGCGCAGCUGUCGCCUGGGACUGGCGCUCCCGUGCCGGCGCGGCGCAGCUUCGAGCCUGGCCGAUGUGUGUUGCUGGGGGCCCGCGCGAGCGGGCGACAUGCUGCCCGCUCGCCCAGGUUCGGGGCGUCAUCGGGUCCGAAGGCCGCUCCGGCGCGGGCGCUGCGCACGGGCGCGCGGCUUGGCCGCCGGAGCGCGUGGAAGCGACAGCGGCCAACUCCGCGCAGCCGGAGCGCAGGGAAGCGGCAGCGACGGAGAGCGGGCGAGCGGCCGACCUCGCCCAAGCGCCGCGCAGCUCGCGAGGUGGAAGUUGCAGAGCCGUGCCGGCGCGGCGCGUGAUUCGACUUGGCCGCGCUUGUCGGAAGGUUUGCCGUUCCAUGCCCGUGCGCGGCCCGCGCAGUCUUGUCCUCGCCAAGUCGGGAGCGGGACCGCGCGCGAGCGCCUUCGGUUUGCGAGGUGGGAGCGCGAUCCAAUCCCAG